AUGCCCGGACCUGGCUGCUUGCGUUGCCCCCGACAUCAGCCAAGCCGGACGCUGAUAGCCUCCUGCCCGCACGACGUUGUCCCUUACUCGUCGGAGCCACCCCACGCGUCGAUGCCACCCUCUCCGCCGCCGACGCCGCCUUCUCCUUUCUCACCGGCAAGCUACCACUCCCCCUAUCUCUCUCUCGCUCCACGCUCCAAUCCGAGGGGGCUGCUUUAUUCGUUCUUGUCGCUGCCAACAGGAACAGGGAGGGGCAGCUUCUCUCCCUCACGUUCCUCGCCGAUGCUGGCUGCCAUUCCUUUUCUCUCCUCCUCGCACCCCUCUCCCACAUUGCCGGCAGCGAGUGCCUCAGCUAGCCGUGGCUUCCAGCGGCCGCCAGCGCCUCCCGCCAGUCACGUGCCUCCUCUAGAGGCUGCCGCCACCGGCACCUCCCGCUGCAGCCACUGCCGCAGCCGUCUUCGACCACUAGCGUCGUCGUCUCGGGCGACCACUACCACAGCCGUCUUUGGCGGCCAGCGCCUCCGGCGUCCAGCGCCGUCACCUCUAGUAGCCACUGCCAUAGUCGCCGACACCUCCGAGCAGCAUCGCCACCCUCCGAGCAAUCGCCUUCCGAGGGCUCAUGUAUCGUACUAUGCCUAUAUUCCGGCCUGCGAGCCGAGAAUGGACGACCCUGAAAGUUCCGCCAUCCUCAUGGCCUUAAUGGCUUUCGACGAGUAUAUUGUAUCCUCCUCCACGGGUAUUUGGGAGUUGAGAAAUUGA